AUGGCCUGGUCCUGCCUUGGGCUUGCCCUAGCGCUGGGCUUUUCUGUGGCCGCACCUGGUUCGCUUGAGGAUACAAACUGCCCCAUCCUUGGUGAAAGCUUCGCCGCUGCCGGUGACGAUGUCGGCUUGCGUCUCCUUCAGCUUCGAGGGGAAACCAAAAGUGCAAGCGAGGGGGAAGGAGCUUCUUCUGUUGACGGCUGCUUCCAUGAGGUCCGGAAGCUCAUGCGCUUCGACGCUAAGCUGAGCCUUCGGCAGCUCCAGAAGAUACAGCUCUUCACGGAGGUGCUUCCUUCCCGUCGGAACCCCUUGUUUACCCUAAACCCUAGACCCUGA